UCCUUCAUCACCCUACAUUUCCUUCUUUUCUUCCUCAUUCCCUUCUUCCUUUUCCUCCUCCUCUUCUUCUUUCUCCCCUAAUUUCGUUUCGUUUGGAUGUUUCCUCUUCGUUUUCCUCUUGGUGAUAUUCCCCGUCAGCGCUCACUCGAAGGACCUGCCGAGGCUGACCUUGGGAGCUGGAGAUGACCUGAUGACUGACGUGAAGGUGAGCCCCCCCUGCGCCGCCGCCGCCGCCAUCUUCCCGUGCCGCUGCUCCAACACGUCGGCGGGAGUCGUGACGCUCAGCUGCGACGGCGUGACGGAGGCCAGCGUGGCCACGAGGGCGCUGCAGGCCGAGGGCUACGGCGCCAAUCCCCUGGGGGCCUUUCACCUGCGCUACGGCACCGUCGCCGCCGUCGCCGCCGACUUCUUCGGAGAGAGAUCCUUCGAGGAGGUCUUGUUACACCACAACCGCCUCGACGCAGUGGAGGCGCUGUCCCUCGAGGCGAUGAAGGACGACUUGGUUACACUCAACCUUAACAACAACCGACUCACGCAACUGCUUUUAACGCAGCUGGUGUAUUAA